AUGGGCAUGCGCAGACGCGAGACCAUUGGCACUUCUGCACCGAGCACUGAGAAUGUUAAGAGAAAUCGGCACCCUGCAGAAUUGGUCUUUCGCGAAUUGAUAACGACAGAGGAGACGUAUGUACAGCGGCUAAAUGCGUACAGAGAAGUGCGUCAGCGACUGGAGCAGAGGCUCCGGCACCUCAAGAGUGACGUGAAGCGACAAGUCGAGCAGGCGCUCGAUCCUCCGGGCUUGGAAGCGAUCAUGCGUCUUCACAGAGAUGAGAUUCUACCUCAACUGAAGCGACGAUAUAACAUGAAUGGCGAGCUGUGCUUUGGAGAUAUCUUUUCGUCGAAAUUUAUUGCGCCUUUCUUCAAAAUCUAUGCGGAGUUUCUUUCGCAGAAAGAAUUAAUCGACAUGGAAAUCCAUAAACUGCGAAAGAACACACUCAUCGGGCCACAUGUAAAUAGCAUCGAGCAAAGAGACAUUCCAGAACUGCUCAAUGGUCUGAAAAUAGGCUUAAAUGUGCUUCUUCUGGAGCCGGUGCAGAGAAUACCAAGAUAUGAGCUGUUGCUGCGCGAUUAUAUUAAACGACUGGACAAAGAUCACGUGGAUUUACCCGCUGCGAUCGAGGCCGAGAAACUCGUUCAAGAAGCUAAUGUCUCUAAUAAUAAGAAAAAGGCAAUGGCCGAGAAACGCGGCUAUCUGGCGAAACUAGCGAAAGAUAUUUCCGGACUGGGGCCGCUAGUCGAUGGUAGACGGAAUCUUAUUUAUCAUGAAUCUACUUAUAAACUCAAACAAAAAUCGUAUACGCCAAAGAGAGCCGAUAUUCUCAUACUCAACGAUGUGGUGGUCAUUUGCGCCGAACGCAACAUCAGUAAAGGUAUGGAAGUGAAGGCGAAACUGCCGCUGGAAACGCUCUACGUCGAGAAGCUAGACAUGCCCGUCCAGGUGGGCAAGAACUCGAACGAUUAUCGAAAUGUGAAGGGUCUGCGACUGUCGUCUAUCAAGGAAACUGUUGAUCUUGUCGAAUGUCCACUCAAAGAUCACUCCGGCCAUUUGUCGUCCACGCGCUCCUCCGUCGAGAAGAUUUAUUCGAUCCUCAUUUCCGUCAUUCGCGAAUUACAGGAGAGUCUCUUGACGCUGAAGCGAGGAGAUGAUCAUCCUGUUCUUGAGCUGCCAGAGAAUGACGAUGAGCCGGUUAAAUUUCCGCCUAUUCGAUUGGGUUCAAGAGCGCCGAGACUGAUGCGCGAAUCUGAUGUUUCUGCGUGCAUGAUGUGCACCCGUGGAAAUCGAUCAAGGGGCUUCAGCAGUGGUUCAAGCUUGAUUCAUUGUAGAAUUUGCGGGCGCUUGGUUUGUUCCUCCUGUCUUGUCACCGGGCAUGCCCCGCUUCAAGUGGAUUUCCUUGAUGUCAAGGACUCGAAAGACCUUCACGUCUGCAAACUGUGUAUACGAAACUCAGAAGACAACUCCGUGGAUUCCCAUUUUUCCCACUAUCCAAUGCACUUUGACGACUACUGGAGACAAAUUUCUGGCUCAGCGCAAGGCUACUUGAAGGUGCUGAUCCCAGAGAAGGGGAUCUUUGGCUCUGAUGAUACGGAAAACUUGUUCGAAGCAGACUUGAACAGUUCCUUCACAUUUGAUCGACUAGUUGCUGACAAUCAGCGCCAGUGGCUUCUGUCGAACGGACAUCUGCGGAUUCGUCUCCUCCUCGAAGAGGACCACUUGCGCGACGACUGGGUCACUGCUUUCAGAUUUGCGAUCCAAAUGGCAGGUGAUGCCUUCCCCGGUAAAACCGCACCGAGCCAACAUGCUUUGCCUCAUGAUCGUAUUCUCCUUCGCGAUGGCACCAAGAGCACGCGUCAGAGCUUGGAUCGAUCUCGCGAGGCACGCUCUAACCGAGAAAAACGGGUUCGUAGCCUUCAACCAACAGAUCUAUACAAGUACACAAAGGAUCAAAUAUCGGGCCCGCUUUCUGCUUUCUUCCAAAGCUCAAACACCUCCAGUCAGCUGCACCAAGCGCCUCCACGGGCGAGUCGAAUCUCGCGCUCACACUCACUUCGUUCAAGCACCAAAACAGACCUUAUCUCUGACCCGAUGUCUAUUCCUGAUCACUUCGUCCACGGCUCUCCUCAUUCUUCCCCAGUCAAAGCCCACUUGUCACACUUGAAUCCCUCACUAAGCCACAAAGUAUCCACAGGAAGCCUGGAUGACAUCUAUUUAUGCAAGAAAACAGAGCAGGCAGCGCCGGAUUCUUUCAAGCGCAACGAAAAAGAGCGCUUCUCAGCGCGCUUCAAACUUGGCUCACGGCUCAAGAAUCUUGUUCGCACGAACAAAUAG